UCUCUACUCAAAAUAGCAAAAUUAGAAAGAGAAAGAGGAAGAGAAAGAGAGCGUGUGGAAGAAGACAAUGAGCGAUUGUAAACGCUGUGUACCGUUAGCUUCUGCCAUGGAAGCUUCUUCUUCCAGCGAAGAUAAUGUUUCUAAGAAAAGGAAGACCACCACUUCGUAUGAGUUUUUGUUAACCUCUACUUCGGAUGCGCCGCACCGCCAGCGUCUUCCUAGCUUCGGUUAUUCUCUCGCCGCGGCUAGGUUCAACGACGUCACCGUGUCGCCGGAAGGUUCGCUCAAUUCCUCCGGCACGGUUGUUUCCUUCGAAUUCUGCUCAGAUCGCUCUCCGCGCUCUUUCUGUAGCUCCGCCUUUGAAGUCGCGAAGGAGCUCGACACGACGCCGUUAGAUCUGGAGGUUCAGACCAAGGGUUUCGUAACUGUGGACUCAACGUUCCACAAUUUCAAAUCCAGCAGUUUGUUGAGUGAGCAGUGUGGAGACUCGGAAGAAUCGGCGGCUGUGGUGAGGCAGCAUGAGCAAAAAUCUACGGCAGCGAAGAAGGAGAAGGUGCCAGAGGUGGAGAUUGAAGAGUUCUUCGCAAUGGCUGAGAAGUACGAACAAAAACGGUUCGCUGAGAAGUACAACUUUGAUAUUGUUGCAGAUAUGCCGUUGGAGGGUCGGUACCAGUGGGUUCGUUUACA